GCUCUCUUUCUCUGUAAAACACUCUGUAGAUUUCCAUUUGUGAGGAGCUAUAAAAGAGAGCCACCAUUUGUCUGUCCAAGAAAGAUUUCCAACAUAUUCUGAGAAUCUUCCUCCCACAAUCCCAUUAUUUUUUCAGAGUCUCUCUGCUUCUUCUCAUAACUUGAGCGAUUCACCAUGUGUGUCAAGGACUCUGAACAGGUCUCUGAAGAAAUGGAGAAUUCUAGUCUAAGUGAUCAUGAUGCCACCAAGUUGGGUAAUUCAUUUCCGCUGCAAAGCAUUUCAGAAGAUAAAGUGGCUUCAGACAAAGAACAGAACCUGGUAUCCAUCUUUGUCCCUGCUCUUCGAUCAGGGGAGUGGUCUGAUAUUGGGGGUCGGUCCUAUAUGGAGGACACUCACAUAUGCAUCAGUGACCUGGCUAAGAAGUUCAAUCAUAAUUUGCUUGAUGAGGAAGCUAUAUCCUUCUAUGGUGUAUUUGAUGGGCAUGGAGGAAAUGCUGCAGCGCAGUUUGUCCGUGACCACUUGCCAAGGGUCAUUGUCGAGGACGCUGAUUUCCCCUUAGCACUGGAGAAGGUAGUUAUGAGGUCAUUUAUAGAGACAGAUGCUGAAUUCGCAAAGACAUGCUCUCUUGAGUCUUCCCUGUCUUCUGGCACAACUGCACUUACAGCGAUGAUAUUUGGGAGGUCUUUGCUUGUGGCAAAUGCUGGGGAUUGCCGGGCAGUGCUGUCACGGCUCGGAGUGGCUAUAGAAAUGUCGAAAGAUCACAGGCCAUGCUGCACAAGAGAAAGGAGCAGGAUUGAGUCCCUGGGUGGAUACAUUGAUGAUGGGUAUCUAAAUGGUCAGAUAUCCGUCACCCGUGCGCUUGGUGAUUGGCACCUUGAAGGACUGAAAGAUAUUGGUGAAAGGGGUGGACCCUUGAGUGCUGAACCAGAACUUAAACUGAUGACACUAACCAAAGAACAUGAGUUCUUAAUCAUAGGCAGUGACGGAAUCUGGGAUGUGUUUACGAGCCAAAAUGCAGUAGAUUUUGUCCGGAGGAGACUUCAAGAGCACAACGAUGUGAAGCUAUGCUGCAAGGAAGUAGUUGGGGAAGCAAUUAAGCGUGGAGCAACAGACAAUCUCACGGUUGUGGUAGUGAGUUUUCACUCUGAGCCACCACCUCCAGUGGUGGUACGAAGGGCAAGAGUGACAAGAAGCAUUUCAGCAGAGGGGCUUCAAAAUCUCAAAUCUCUGUUAGAAGGAUAGAUGUUUAUUUCACUUAUUUUUAAGUGAAGGAGAGAACCAAUCGAAUAAUAAUCACGUAGCUAAUAAUUGGAUAUUUGGUAGAGGCCUGCUUGUAUAUACAUUCAUUCGGGAAGUAGAUGAUAGAAACUGCAUCUUCUUUCUUCUUUACCACUGGAGCUCCAUUUGAUUUUCAGAAAGAUGAUGUUUGUAAUGAUGUCUCUCUUGCUGUCUUAUUGACAAUCAAAUGGAGCUUUAGAAUGGUUGAAGGGAGUGGGGGACUUUGAUCUGUAAACGGUUGUGAUUCUAGAACUGUAUGUAUAACCCCUUCUUGGUCAUAUAAAAAUGUGUACAUAUUCAGUAUCCUUCUGAUUGACUGCAUAUUGGUGAGACCCUUUGACAAUAUAAACAUUUUUAUUCC